UUGACACAUCAUUAGAAUCGUAGAAAAUCACAGUCAUUCGACACAUUUCUGACACAUUCAGCAGCUAAGAAAAUCAAAAGUCAGUCAUACUGGAUUUUUGAUUUGAAAAGCGUCGACAAUUAAUACAGCUACACCAUGGGACGUGCCAAGCCAAUAAAACGCCGCUUUCCGCGUCGUUCGCCGCCAAUCGAAAUGGAGCUGAUAACUGUCGAGGAGAUGGCCGAGCUUUUGCACUCCUGCUCGUUGAAAUCUGCAAGGGAGGAGGCGGAAAAGAAGCGCCAGCCGUAUGUGGAGGUGAACAACGACGACCACAGGUUUGGCGAAUGGAAGCUGCCCGAGGGCACAAAGUCCUCUAUGGAGAGGGCCAAAGAAAUCGUGCGGGCGCUUGAAAAAUGUCCCUACCCCAGCUACAUACAGCCGCCGCGGCCGCGCUUUCGCCAUAACCCGCUCAGCAAUUUAAAGUUCGUUCCGUUCAGCAGCGAGAGGCGAAUCUUUGACGACGUCAAGGAGGAGACUAAAGAAAUUACAAGAGCAGCACAGGAGCGUGCCGCCGGCAUUGAACCACUCUGCGAGGGAGCCGUAGGCUACGACCUGGAGUACUUCGAGGCCAGCAUGAUGAUUCAGAUGUACAAAAUUGACCGGCCUUGGGUCCGCCGUGCCCAUUACCCAUUCAAUCCAGUAUGUUUGGCGCCCAAAUUCAACGAGAACUGCAUGAGUGGCAAGAAUCGUCUGCCUUCGAAGCCCAGCAAGCCCAGCAAGCUGCUGCAGGGCACUCGGAUGAUUCGCAGCCGACGCUACGCGGCACGCAAUGUGGACACUGGUCCGAUCCUGGUGUCUCGCUACGAGAGCCCCGCCAACCAGGAGCACAUGAACAUCCAGACGCUUGAAGCUUAUUGCGGCGAAUACGACGAGCUUGAUCAGGUAUUGGAGGGGCUGCACCUGGAUACCCAUGACGAUGAUGUCGAGGACCUUCGCAUGCAGUGGAAGUGCAUUGAAGGCGAGUCCUCCGCACAGCACCACCAUCCACCUUCCUUCGCUUCUGAUGGAACUGCCCCACCGUCCGGCGACGAAGACUAACUAAUCUUUGGACAGCAGCUUCCGAGCCUUUCUCACACUACCACAAACACUCAACAGCAGAGAAAACAUCAAAACAAAGGAGCAGAAACCAACACACAAAAAAAACACCAAGCAGCAACCAAUACCAAUUCCAAUGCCAAUACAAACAGCGGCACACAAACACAAAAAGAGAAGAAAGAACUUGCCAGAAAAUAGAGUUGUCACCAAUUUAAAAUUGUUAAAAUGCAUUUGAAAUAAAUUUGAUGUAUGCCGAAUAUGCGCAC